GUGUGGGAAAAUUGCUGGCAGAAAUUAUGUAUAUAACUGUAUGUAUGCUUCUUUAGUGUGGUACUAACAGUAUAAUCAACUGUAAAUAGGAAAAUACCAAAACGACGUUAUUUAUUCUUGUUGCCGCUUAUGUAAGCUAAAAUGUGUCACAAACGUCUUUGUUUAUGUUGUUUUUUGUUGUUUGUUUCUGUAAGUAAUUGACCAAAUCCAGAUUCUAUUAAACUGUAUUUAAAUUCAUGCCAAAAUUUAAACUUCAUGUGACAUUUGAUACUGGAGAUCGACAGCGUUAAGUAUCGUCGUCUUAUGAUUUUUGUAUAUAAAACAGUUGCUGCGACAUGUUCAAAAAUAUUAACAACAAAUUAGGAACAAAAACAGGAAAAGCUGCAAUGAAGACUAAAGAAAAAACAAAACUACAAUAACAAGCAAUUAGAAGAGCGUAAGAACGGGGCUUCUAAAAUAAAAGCAAUGGAAACAUAAAAUUGAGCAUAUUUUGAAACCGUGAGAACGUUUAAGGAAAUCCUAAGGAUACAAAAUUCGCAUUGAAACAAUAAUAAAAAUCAUUAUAAAUGUUUACAACGCCAUGGAUUUAAAGCUAAGGCGGAGUUUCAGGCAACCAAUGACGUAACGAGAAACGAUUUUAAGAUGUGACUUCCAUGUUGAAAACACCAUUCAUUGGUAAUUUACUUGCGAGGCGUGAUCUGGUCGGCCUAUGAAAUCGCCGACUUUUAUUGUGGACAAUCCUAUUUAUCGAGCGUCCUUGAUAUUUAUUGCACUAUUUCAACUAACUAAAAGUAUUUGGACAGUAACGGAAGGAAGUUUCGUAAACAGAAAACGUUUGUUCCCACAAUGAGAAAAGCCACAGAAUGUUAGUUACAGAAGGUCACGCUUUGUGUUGAAGUCAAUACUGCUCUUCUAAAUUUAGAGGCAAUAAAUAAAAUGCAAAUUACAUGAGAUAAUGUUUGCGAGAGAAUUGUUUGCGUGCUAUCAGUUGAAAAGAAUGUACUCCACCUGCUAUUUCAACGCGUUAUCGCGUAUUUGCGAGAUUAGAUGUAUAAUUUAUCAUUUAUUGUCAUUACAGAUAAAACUUAAUGUGCUUGUAAAUGCAUAUUUCGAUUCUUUUAUGCGCAGUUAUUAGAGAUAAGUGAUAACUGUGACAUUGUCGCUCUAAGAAAUUUAUUAAAAAAACACAAAGCGGCCAUGGCGCUAGGCGACGUUAACGAACAUAGUGACGAAAAAACCAUCAACGCAGUGAUGGACGAAGCAAAAAGCCUGCCCGAACCGGCAGCAAACAGCGAUACGCAAGGGAAGAUGGUGCCCGGUAUUCCCACCGGCUCUCCUUAUGUGAUACCUGGCCAGACUCAGAUAUACCCUCAGGGGCCACCUCCGACCUAUGAUCAAGCCCUGACGCAUCCGGCAGCUAUUGUGGGCCAACCGUUGCAGAUGUACCAUCCAGGCACCAUGUACGCAGCUGGAUAUCCGACGUACCUAGGGUACCCCACUUAUGCUCCCAUGCAGUAUUAUCCGUCUCUAGGUGCAUAUUCGUAUGCGAUGCAGCCGGCGCAGCUGAGGCCAACGAUCAUGAUACCUAACGGAUACGACGCCGGCGCGAGGUUCGACGGCAUAGGCCAGCCUGUGAUCCCCCCCGCUCCUCCUGGCGUGCCACCAUCCGCAGCGCAACUGGCGGCCAUGGCCGGCCACCAGGUGGCGUUAGGUCAGAAGAAGAACUCGUUUUUAGCCGGCGGUUCAGACGGGGGGUAUACCUUCUGGUAGGAGCGUCGGGUGCUAGGUUUAAGCAAUUCAAGUUAGGCUAACGAAUUUUUUUUUUAUUUUAUCUAAGGAGCAGGGGUCCGGCGAUCCCCGGUCCAUAUCAUUGAUUUGAUGUCGAAAGUGAUUUGGACGUCUUCGUCACUUUUGUACGUGAAUUGCUGACAACUUACAAACAAAACAUAAAAAAUGAAAAACUAUAAAAAGUAAUAAAAUAGGUUAUUUUGAAAAUGAAAAAAAUAUUAGAGUACAAGUUAGAGCGAUUAGCGAUUGGCUGCAACUGUCCGAUUUGUGCGAGACUUGGACGGUUCUAGGUAAUCUGUAUUGUUUGAUGAUGUUACACUUAUCUUGAGCAUGGGGCGCUGGUUUUAUUGACGCGUUGACGACUGAGAUUUGCCUCAGGUGAUGUUCCGGUAAGUUGAAUUGCGUUGCGUUUCCCGUCGUUUCAAGUGAUUAGGCGAAAAAUUUAACUUAGUUUCAUUUCUUUGUUGAAUCCUCGAUAAGUGUAGUGCAAUAAAUGAUAUUUCCAUGUUUAUGUUGUUGACAUUGUAACUUAUUGUUUUAACCACUUUUGUAAAAUUUUACUUUUGUUGGAAACUAUUACGUAAGUAAUAAAUUUUUAUAGGCAAUAAGUUGAUUGGGACUCGAACUGACGCAAAAGUCACCGAUUUUUUGCCUCAGGACGCCCAUUUCGAGUGAUACUUCUUUUAUUUUUGCUAAAGCGACUAGUUUCGGGAUAAAUGGGCCGUUAUCAGUUCUUCGAGUUGAAUUAUGGCGUUCUUCUUUCGUUGUAGUAUAAGAAAAAUAAAAGAACUAUCAUAAGAGUGCAGCUUAAUGUAUUACUAGUCAAUAACAACUAUGAAACAAUCGAUAGACGAUCAAUGUACUAUCUGUAUAUCUAAAAGUGAAAAACACCAACAAAAAUUUCUUGUUACUUGCCAUAAUUUUGUUAUACUAAUGUUUUGUUGUUACUUGAAACUUUUACAAUGAAAUUGAAUUAUUGUGAGACUGUAAAGAUCUAUUGUGAAAAAUGUAUGCUGUAA